CUGCUCUUGGUGGAGAUCAGCCCGAGAAUUCAAGGACAAUGAUCACCGUCUCGGCUCUCCCCUCGCUGACCUCUCCAACCUGACCCCAAGGCUCAAAGUUCUCAGAGAGAUGGAGAGACUCGCGUUGAUUGCUCCUGAAGGACUGAAUGAGCUUCGACACAAGCUCGUUGCCUACCGCUCCGGUGACUUCUGGCUGCUGGUGGGAGGGGUGAAGAGGGAGGACAUGGUGAUCCCACCAAUCAUGACGGUGGUGCUGGUGGGGCUGAGCGGUUCGGGGAAGAGCUCGCUCGUGAACUUGAUGUACAGUGUUCUUGGCCGAUCCGGACUCAUCCCUUUUUCUCAAACAUCUAGUAAGCAUCCGUCUAUUAACCGAUCGUGAGAAACCUUUCACACAGCAUUUCGGUUGUAGGGAGUAGCUUAUGUUACAAGUAUUAUGCAGUCAACGAUGGUCAUGUGCAAUACUCUUACUGUUGAAUCUAAAAGGUUAAGGGGGACUAGAACUAAACUUUGUCCGGGUCAAUUAGAUAAAACCAGCCAUUUUAAUUGACCUCUUUUUCGAUGACUAAAUCAUACCUUACUUAUUUUCGCUCAGUUUUGUGAAGGAUUUCUGUUAAAAUUUAGUGUCCCUGCAAUUGGGAACAGCUUCGGAAUAGAAAAUGCAGAAUUUAGUGAACUUACCUGUAUGUUGGCUGUGGAAAUUAUCUGUCAUCGGUAGGGUCUAACUGACGACACAAGCGCUAAAUACAGGCCUGAAUUCUAGAGAUGGAAACCUUAAUUCAACACUUGCAGAAUUUAUUUUUGGAUUGGUGAAGUUUCAAACCGAAAUGUUUCAGUUGAGGAAAAGUCUUUACUGAUAAUUAACAGUAUGGAAAAUUGCCAUUGUCAAGAGAAAGGUGGUUUCUUAACAAAAACUGGACCUUGUUGAACAAAGGUAGCUCUAUUAAUGGGAGACGACAGUAUGUUAAGCAAUCAUUUUGCUUUCAUUAUGAUAUUUAAUCUACUGAAAAGGGGAAGAACCGACCGGAAAAAAGGUAUAUCUGAUAAUGAGAAACUUCAUUGAGCCAACAACGAAUUGCUGGAUUGGGUGAUUGAGCAGAUGAAUCAUCAAGAUACACAACAAUGUACCUGGAGGAGCACAACGUGCUGAGAUCGCUACGAAGUGGGUUCUGCAUCUAUGACACGAGGGGCCUAGACGUGAACCAGAUGAAGGAGGGACUUGACGAGGUCUCAGAGUGGAUGAACAACGGAGUUAGGCAUUACCAGCUCUGCUUGAGACCGGGUGACGAUGUCUUCAGGAGAGAGGCCCUGAUCACUCCAAUGAUGGGCAACGCAAGAUUCGGGACGAGGCAAGUGAACUGUGCACUUGUGGUGGCUAACAUGGCACAGAUUUGCAAUGGCGUCCAGUCUGGUGAUUUGAAGCCCUUGGAGGCCACCAAGGACCUCUUUCAUUGCCCUGCUCUGAGAAAAUCGAGUGAGAGCCCUAUUCUGAUCUUAACACAUGGGGAUGAGCUUUCACCAGAAGAGAGAAUCAUAGGCAGGCUCAAGAUUUCCGAGUAUUUAGGAGUGGCCGAGACGACCGGCCUUUAUGACAUCCCGUGUUUGACCGAGCAGGGCAUAUUGCCCGAGGAGUCGGACCCGGUCACGGCCUAUGCAUUGGCCGAAGCAGUUUAUCGGGCGCUGUUGCAGGCGGAUCGGGCCCACCUGCCGAAGAAGAAGCUCAGGGACCGGGUUUCGCUGGUCCUCUCCUGGCUCAUGUGCUCCAUUGGCUCAUUCUUUGCUUUGCUUGCUUAUCUCUUCUCAAAACUGGGCCGGAACAAUAAGCUGAAGAUAUGAGAGGCUUGGCGUGCUUGUUAGUGUACUCUUUCACUGUGCAAAGUUAUUGAAUUAAUCGGGCUUACGACUGGCCAGACAGACCCUGUUCAUGUCAUGUAACAUCGCCUCUUAGAUUGUUUCAUAAGUCAUGGUGAUGAUAACUUAAAGUGGGGUUAAGUUUGAAACAAGUGAAGAGCAUUGCUCUUGAUUAAGCUAGAGUUAACUUCAUCUUGGGAUGGAUUUAACCUGAAAGAAAGAGGCGAUCCAAUUCAUCAAUCUGAUGUUU